AUGGCGUCCGCCAGUGAGAUUCAAAACCCCGACCAGCUCGUCACCUCAGACGACCCAGAGCACCCGGCAAACCUCAUCCCUUCUCUAUGCGCAAAGUUCUGGACCCUUGGCUGGGUCACAGGCACCGGCGGUGGCUGUUCCAUCCGAGAUGACGACCUCGUUUACCUCGCCCCCUCGGGCGUCCAGAAAGAACUCAUGAAGGCCGAGGACAUUUACGUCCUCUCCCUCGCCGCCCAGGAGUCUUCCCUCAAGAACCGCAUCUACCUGCGCUCGCCGCCCUCCUACAAACCCUCGCAGUGCACCCCGCUCUUUCUCGCCGCCUUCACGCGGCGCGGCGCGGGCUGCUGCAUCCACACGCACUCUCACUGGGCAGUCCUUGUCACCCUGAUCCUCGAGUCCCGCGGUGCCGGCAACGACAAGCUCUUCGAGAUCAACAACAUCGAGCAGAUCAAGGGCUUCGGCAAGGGCUUCCAGAAGCAGGGCAACCUUGGCUACCACGACACCCUGCGCAUCCCCGUCAUCGAGAACACGGCCCAUGAGGAGGACCUGACCGAGUUCCUCGAGGAGGCCAUGGACAAGUACCCCGACACCUACGCCGUGCUGGUCCGGAGGCACGGCGUCUACGUCUGGGGUGACAACGUCCACAAGGCAAAGACACAGUGUGAAAGCCUGGACUACUUGUUCCAAUUGGCCGUUGAGAUGAAACAAUUGGGAAUCCCCUGGAUCAGCGACGUUCCAGUUGUCAAGCCUACCAGAGUCUAG